AACCUACAAUCAAUUUCUACAAAAACAAAAAACAACAGUAAACCCAUAUUACUCAUCUCAGUUCAGCGGACGCAAGCAACAAUAUCAUGGGGAGGAAGCCUGCUGUUUCCUUGAGAAUUGCAUCCUCACUUGUACUGAUAAUCCUUGCUGUUUUUAUUGCAUGCAUGUUGACACCCGGUGAGUCAAGAACGAGCCCAUCAGUGCAGGUAGCGGAUCUGAGGAAUAAGCAGCUGGCCAUGGGAGAUGCCAACGUUACUAAUUACUCUGUUGAACAGGAGGAUUCGACGCCCGGACCUGCUUGCACCGAUAGUAGCCAAUGCAUCAAUUACUGUUACUCAAAGAACCCUGAACUGGACUACCAUUGCGGUGGGGAUGGAAAGUGCUUCUGCAGUUGGUGCUGAUCAAAUCACUCCCCUUUCCUUUGGAUCACAGAAACACAGAGGCAAGCAGAGCAGGCAGUACUGGUAGAUCUCGCUCUGCUCCUAGCUGCUCAUCAUAUCCAUUAUGUUGUAUUCUGUUUGUGUUUAAGUGUUUGCUGCUCGGCAGCCUUUAUUGUCUACUUCGCCUGCAGUUUUCGAGAGCCUUUGAGACGGAUUGAAUAAAUUGAUCUGAACACCCAAUUACUCACCGAAUCAUCUCCCCCUGUAUCGUACUCGCAAAGAAACUUGCAUACAACAUAAAGAAAUUAAUAGGUCAAUGAUGAACCAAGAAAGGAUGUAGUUUAGAUGAUAGAGUGCUCGCUUAGUAUGUGAGAGGUACGAGACUUGUUACCUAGCAUCUUCACUCAUCUAAUAAUGGAUCAAAGAAAUUCACCACCAAACCCUAUUUUCCCCAAUCAAAACACAAGCUACAU